AUGGGUUCUUCUUCUUCUUCUUCUUGUUACCCUCCUUCUCUACCUACUGCUAUGGCCUCUCAAGAAAAGUACGAUGUGUUUCUGAGUUUCAGAGGCUUGACAGAGGAAAUGAAAUUUAACCAGCACUUGUCAGAGCAAUCCAGGAAUCAAAGCUCUCUGUUAUCAUUCUCCAAAAGCUAUGCAAAUUCCUCAUGGUGCUUGACUGAACUCGUGCACAUACUCCAAUGGAAGAGAAACAAUGGACAGCUUGUUAUACCAGUCUUCUACCACGUAGAUCCAUCCCACGUACGAAAACUGGAGGGGAAUUUUGGACAAGCUUUUUCUCAAGUUGAAGUGCGUUUCGGAGAGACCAUUAUGGACUUGGUCAAACACUGGAGGGCUGCUUUGGAAGAAGCAGCUAAUCUAUGUGGACCCGAUUCGAGAUUGGUUCAGGCAAUUGUAGAAGAUAUUUUAUGGAAAUUGAACUACACGUCACCAUGUGAUCAUUUUGAAGGCUUGGUCGGAGUUGACAAACGCUAUGAACAAAUUAAAUCCUUGCUGUGCAUUGGUUCUCCAGAUGUUCGCACCUUUGGUCUUUUAGGCAUGGGCGGUAUAGGAAAGACAACAAUUGCUGGUGUUCUGUUUCAGUUGCUGUCUUGUCAAUUCGAGAGCUCUUACUUUCUCAAAAGUGUUAGAGAAAAAUUUGAGAAAGGUGAACUAGAUUAUUGGCGAAAGGAGCUUCUUUCUGCAUUAUUAGAGGACAACAAUCUUAAUAUGAGCAAUUCAUAUAUAGGUUCAACUUUUGUUAGAAAAAGGCUCAAGCGUAAAAGGGUACUGGUUGUUUUCGAUGAUGUCGAUAAACCAAGGCAAUUUAAAAGUUUGGUCAAAGUGCAUGAUCUAUUUGGUCCUGCAAGUAGAAUCAUUGUAACAACUAGAGAUGAACGUGUGCUGAAUAAUAUUAAUGCUCAAAUAGACAAGGUGCAAGAACUGAAUAGUUAUGAAGCUAACCAGCUCUUUUAUUUGAAUGCUUUUGGUACAUGCUCUGAGGCAAUCCAUUAG